UCGCAUAUUUUAUUUAUAUUGUGUGGACCUGAAAAAGUUCAGGACCUGAACAUAUAACUAAGUAGAAGGCCUAAGACAUCUAUUUAAGUUCAAUAUUUAUCACUUAUAUUAAAGUUUUCGUUUUCAUUUUCAUAUAUUUUUUUCAUUUCGUAUAUGUAAAUAUGUAUGUGUAUUAUCAGCUGAUACAUUUUCAGAAUCGUCUGGUCACUCCAAGUUAUACCAAUGCAUUUCUUGCGCCAGUCGCGUAAAUAAUUUAUUGAUAAAUAAAUAUAAAUAAAGCUUGCAUUAUGGCAUUAGUGGAUUACGGAAGCAGCUCAGGCUCCGAAAGCGAUACGACGGAUGAAACCACUCCCACACCGCCUAUUCUCAAAAGACCGGCUUUACCCACAGCUCUUUCCUUGUUGGGCGCUAAGCAGCCGAAGCGUUCAACAGAUGACGAGGAUGAGGAUGAUACAACAGACAAUCCCGCACUGCAUGGCGGCCGCAUACGCAGCUUUAAACAUGAACGAGGCAAUUGGGCUACAUUUGUUUACGUGCCCGCUGAUAGUUGUGUGGAACAGCUGGAGGAUUUUCAAACGGAGGCUAUAGAAAUGCUUGCCACAGACCUGGAACUACAGAUGAAUGAAUCGUUGCAUUUAAGUUUGAGCAAAACAGUAGUGCUGCAAUAUCAUCAGAUUGAUGAGUUCACUAAAUCGUUGCAACAGGCGCUCCAAAGUUGUUCAGGCUUUAACAGUAAUCUGCAUUUGCUUGAGGUGUAUACGAAUGAGGAGAAAACACGAACAUUUCUGGCAGUCAAACUGGACGCUGCAUUCACUACGAAGAUGACGACACUGCUACAACCUGUUGAUCUGGUUAUGCGUGACUAUCGCUUGCCGAAAUUCUAUGAGAAGCCCUCGUUUCAUGUCAGCUUGUUGUGGUGCGUGGGAGAUUAUCAGGAAUUGCUCAAUAGCAAAUUAGAGAAGUUACAGCAAUUGUUGGAUGAUCAUGAUACGCUUAAAUUGCCUGUCAAGCAAGUACUUUGCAAGUGUGGCAAUAAGGAUUUUAUUUAUAAACUUAAAUAGAUUCAUUCAAUUCAUGCCCUUCUUUUUGUUGCCAUUUCCUUGCUUGGCCUGCUGUGCCUGUUCUUCAAUCAGUCUUUCCUCUUCUAGUUCUAAAAAGCGUUGACGUCGUCGGCCCAGUGGAGUUUUUGACCACCACGACUCAAAGGCUUCCUCUUCUUCUCGAUAGACAGGAUCC